AUGUUUUGCCAGGGUCAGGGAACAGCCUUGAUUGAUAAGUAUGACGGGCUUGCAGGCAUCGGCAUCAUCCCCUAUCCCCACACUCUUACUGCAGAGUUGGGAGAUGGACAGGUCUCAUCUUUCAUGGAUGCACCUCCAAACUUGGAUGAGAUCCCUCUGCCACCACCUACACCUUCAAAUUUUGGUGAGGAGAUCAAGAGGAGCAUAAUGGAUUCUACCUAUAUUCCCACACCUCCUAUACAACAACAGCACCACACCUUGGUUCAAAUAAAGAAUGGGGAGAGGAAGACAAGAGGAUCAGGAGGUGAAGGAGGAGGGUUGGCUGGGAUCUCAGAGUUGUUCAAUCGCAUAGGAGCCACACUGAACAUCUCAUCGGCAAGCCAGAAUCCUCAACGUACCAUCCCUCCGCCACCCCCUCCACCCACUAUUCCUACAUUUAAUCAACCCAUUUUCACAACCUCGACCUUGAUCGGAAAUGGAGGGAAAGAGACACCCACGAUGGAGACCCCAGAACACAGAGGGGGUGGAGACGCAGACUUGCGCUUAGUGCCUCCACCGCCCCCACCAUCCUGGUCAUCAGGCCUCCCCCACAACUUCCCCACCUGGCCUAAAGAGAGUACAAAUUACGACCCAUGUUAUCCCACGGGUGGGUCUUGGGAGCCGGGUGAUGAGGUCGGCCCCGAGAAGGAUGAUGACGAUGACACUCCUCUGUCUCCUCCGCACCACGAGCGAGGCGACACCUAUUCCGACGUGGACUACCGCAUCCCAUUCUACGAACAGAAGAAGGACACAGAUUAUCGGAAUUUAAUAUCCCUGACGGGGGGGGACGGGGACACGGACCUGCGAAUGAGCGCCAUGGAACCCGAACCCAUGGAUCUGGAAGCAGACUCGGAGGCAGACGAUCCAUUGUCGAAGGUCCUGGCUGAGCGAAUGGGGGUGGACCCAGGUCCCCCACCAGUGUAUCCCCCCAUUGAUAGGUUUUUAGUCCCACUGGACGAAGACGAUGGAGACGGAGACGAGGAAUACCUGAAGGAGAAAGUGCUGACGUCACCUGCUCUGCAUCGAUCCAUCCCUGUGCCAGCAACAAAUGGAUUGCAACCUCAGCCCCCUCCGUUUGACGUGGGUUACGAUCCAUCUGGGAGACGAGGCCCUUUCGAAUCGCUCGGACCUUCCCGGGGACGUGGGUAUCAGGGGCGACCCGGUCCGAUGUGGAGUGGUGGUGGUCCCCGUGGCCCCUGGCGUGGCCCAGGAUUCAGAGGUCGCCCCUAUCGACGCCCUUACAACCCUCGUUUCAGAUAUCGAUGAGGAUGGAACAUUGGACGAAGAACCCUUUGGCAUUCCCCAGUGCCGUUUUGUUUGAUGGAUACAAAUCUUCAACAAAUUGUUUUGUCUCUUGAAGUACAGAAUCUGGUCAUGUUUUUGUUUUGUUCAUGUUCUGUAGGAUUUUGAAUUGGAGAGAGAGAGAGAGAGACCAAGAAAUGUGAAAUUAUGUCUGAUGCAUUUCACAAAAGCAUAAAUCCUUCUCCCCCUGACUGACAUGAAAUAUAGUGAUCAUCUUUGUAUGCACUAU